AUGGGUAUCAAUUCACCUUGGGAAAAUGCUCCAAGCCACGAGGAGAUGGUUGAUGAACCUGUGCAGGCAGAAUUCUUUCAUAAAGAUUUAGAGGAACAGACCCUAAGAGUAAUCCUAAAUAUGUAUGAUUGUCUGAAAAACGAAAAUCCAGAUUCCUCGCAAAAUCAAAUUUUAAACAGAAUUUGUAUCCUGACAAAAAUCAGUCGGUCUACCAUUUAUCGGGUUAUAAAAAGGGGAGAUGUAGUCAACCAUUCCUUCCACAGAAAGCGCAUAGGGCAAAAAUUAAAAAGAAUAGACGUGGGUUUUCAGGAAGAUAUUCGUCGUAUAAUAUACGGAUUUUAUAAAGAAAAUUUGGUGCCCACGUUGGAAAUGAUACGGGAUAAAUUAAAAGAUUAUCCUGAAGAUUUUUAUAAUUACGAAUGCUUAGACUCACUGCACUGUAUUGUAAAACUGUGUGGUUUUCAAUACAAAAAAUUAGAUAAAAGAAUGGUGAUUAUGGAGUCGUCUCGAAUCGUUGAAUUGCGCCAAGAAUUUUUGCACAAAGUUAAAAUCUAUAGAGAGCAGAAAAGAAAUCUGAUUUACCUGGAUGAAACGUGGUAUGAUACCCAUGAUGUUGUGCAGUACGGCUGGGUUGACGACAGCAACAAGUGCAUUUUAAAUGCAUCAUGCAACCGUGGAAAACGAAUCAUUAUUCUCCAUGCUGGCAGUGAAAAUGGAUUUAUACCUAAUGCCUUGCUGUUAUCUGCCAAAAAUAUCAAAGAAUCAUGUGCCGAUUAUCAUGAGGACAUGACCUCCGACUUAUUUGAAAGGAGGAUAGAGCAGCAGUUAAUACCAAACAUUUCCCCAAAUUCAGUGAUUAUUAUGGACAAUGCGCCAUACCAUUCCCGACAGAAAAACAAAAUUCCGAAUACAGGCACAAAAAAACAAGACAUUAUUGAUUUUAUGAAGGAUAAGGGAAUGGAAAUACCACAAAAAUCAACCAAAGCCAUAUUAUUCGAUCUUAUUAAAAGACAAAAAUUUGAAAAAGAGUAUGUUGUUGACAAUCUGCUUCAGCAAAAUGGCCAUGAAGUAUUACGUCUACCUCCCUAUUACUGCAUUUUUAACCCGAUUGAUGAAUCGCUAUUGGCCACAAUAAGAGAUGCAGUAUCUCAUAUUGCUGCCACAGACCUAUGGAAGCAGUGUUCUAGGCAUAUUAUUGAAAAAGAAAAUGAAUAUUGUGUUUUGCCUCCUGUAAAUCCCGUUGUAAUUCCUCUACAAGAUGACUCUAGCGACAGCUCCGAAGGCGAGGAUGAUAUAUAA